AUGCACAGUUGUGCCGCGAUUUACUCGAAUUUCGAGGCUUUCAUACCACAAUGGCAUCUCAUUCCGUUAAAUCUUGAUUUCUACUAUUUGAUUAUAAAAUUCGGUGCUGUUGGAUAUGGGAUCUUUGCAACUCUAGUGAUUCUGUUUUGUUUCCCAUUGACUUGGAAGACGAUGAAAGAGCUCUGUUACUAUCGUUUUCUUCCCGAACAUUGGCAACCAAAAGAGGAGACAUCAAAAGUGUCAAUGACUGAAGUGAACACUUGGAUGACACAAGUUUCCUCGAAAUUUCCAUCACUAGAC